AUGGCGGCAACAUAUCCUUUCUUGCAAGAAUCCAAGGCCUCGGGCUCGUCUUCUCCCGUCAUGGGCUCAAGAGUGACAGCGACGUUCCAGAUCGGCGGGAUGACGUGCGGUGCAUGCGUCGAAACCAUCGAGAGGAUGAUUCGCUCCCAGCCUGGUAUCGAGUCUAUCUCUGUCGCUCUACUUGCAGAGAAGGCAACCGUCACAUUCGACGACUCGAUAUGGACGCCCGAAAAGGUAGCUGAAGAGAUCGAAGACACAGGCUUCGAUGCCACGUUCCUGGAAGUGCUCCGCACCGAGCAUCUCGAUGCCAGCCUGGAAAGCAAAGAGGUAUCCUCUGAACCCACCGCAUUGAUGCCACGACUCGACACCGCCCAACUCAACGUCUACGGAAUGACCUGCGCAUCGUGCUCCUCCACCAUCGAGCGCGAGCUUGCAAAGAUCGAUGGCGUCAAAUCGAUAUCCGUCUCGCUUGCCACAGAAAAGGCGAGGAUAGAUUACGACCCCAGCAAGCUCGGCAUUCGCGAUCUCGUCGAGCAUGUAGAGGACCUGGGCUUUGAUGCCGUCGUCAGCGACGAUCGCAACUCGACGCAGCUUGCUUCCCUCGGUAGGGUCAAGGAGAUCGCAGAAUGGCGUUCGGCCUUCCUCUUCUCGCUGUCCAUGGGCCUGCCUGUCUUUGCGCUGUCCAUGGUGCUGCCAAAAUUCUCGUUUACACGCAACAUCCUUUGGUGGCAGCCGGUAUCUGGACUCUAUCUUCAAGAUCUCGCCUGCUUGGCGCUCACCAUUCCUGUUCAAUUCGGUGUCGGCCUGCGCUUCUAUCGCACGUCGUGGAAAGCGAUCAAGCACGGUAGCGCUACCAUGGACGUCCUCAUCGUCAUUGGCACCACCGCCUCGUGGGCGUUCAGCGUCUUUUCGAUGAUCGCAAGACUGUUCUGCGUGGACGAGCCUGUAGAUGCCAUGUCAGCGUUCGCCUCGGUCGGAGCCCGGAUGAUUGGGAUGCCGGCACCGGGCCAAUGCACCAAACCAGCCACCUUUUUCGACACGUCCACCAUGCUCUUCACCUUUGUCUCGUUCGGUCGCUUCCUGGAAAACACCGCCAAGGGCAAGACCAGCGAGGCCCUCUCACGCCUUAUCGGCCUCACGCCUACUUCGGCCACCAUUUACUCGGACGGUGCCGAGGGCAAAGUUGAGAAAAAGGUCGCAUCUGAACUUGUUCAGCGCGGCGACUACGUCAAGGUCGUCCCGGGAGAGAGGAUCGUCGCUGAUGGUAUCAUUGUGCGUGGCGAGUCGCUGGUGGACGAAUCGAUGGUCACUGGCGAAGCUGUUCCCAUUCACAAGCUGACCGGCGCCAGCGUCAUUGGCGGCACCGUCAAUGGAACGGGGACCUUUGACUUUCUCGUUCAACGUGCCGGCAAGGACACAAGCCUGGCACAGAUUGUCAAGCUCGUCGACGAGGCACAGACGUCCAAAGCUCCCAUUCAGGCGUUCGCCGACCGCGUCGCCGGAUACUUCGUACCCACUGUGGUGGGUCUCGGAGCGCUCACGUUCAUAGCCUGGAUGGUGAUCUCGCAUUUACUUCCGGGGCGCAUGCUUCCGUCUGUCUUCAAUCAGCAGGGAGUCACCAUGUUCAUGGUCUGUCUCAAGCUUUGCAUCAGCGUCAUCGUCGUCGCAUGUCCCUGCGCGCUUGGCCUCUCGACGCCUACAGCAGUCAUGGUCGGUACUGGCGUCGGGGCGCAGAACGGAAUACUCAUCAAGGGAGGUGGGCCGCUCGAGGCUUCUUCGAGCAUCCGUCGCAUGCUGUUCGACAAGACAGGCACCCUCACAGUGGGCAAGCUCACAUUGCGCGAUGCUAUCUGGCCGAACAAGGAACAGAAGGGACUCGACGCCAUUGCCGUCGGAGGUCUCUCGCGUCGUCAGGUAAUUUGUAUCGUGGGGGCUGCCGAAGCCCGCUCGGAGCAUCCGCUUGCACGCGCCAUCGUCUCGUGGGCGGCAAACGAGCUUGACCCCGGCAUCGGUUCUGCAGAUGCCGGCGACACUCGGCAGCCUGCUGGUCUCGAGCAAGCAAGCAUCACGAUUGCAGGUGCCAGCAUCGAGGCGUUCGAGAGCUUUACGGGCAAAGGCAUCGUUUGCCGUGUUCAGCUCGAGGAGACCAUGACCAUCCACGAGGUACGGAUCGGUACUUCUGACUUUAUCUCGUCGGAUGAGAAGCAUGUUGUCGACAACAGCGCCUUCGGAACACAGGCUUCGAACUUGCUCCGUGAGCAGCAAUCACAAGGCCGAACAGCUGUUCUCGCAAGCGUCGAUGGCUCCCUCGCGGCCAUUCUCAGCUUGAGCGACACGCUGAAGCCCGAAGCUAAGCAAACGCUGGCUGUGUUGCGUCGCAUGGGCAUCCACUGCGGUAUGGUAACAGGAGACGCUUCAGCAACCGCGCGUGCGCUGGCGCGAGAGCUGGGCAUGGACGAGGAUGAGGACGUCCAUGCUGGGAUGAGUCCGAUGGACAAGCAGCAGCUCAUUCUACAGCUUCGAGGCGCCUCAAGCGAUGCCGAUCUCGAAGGUGGUGCUCGCUUCUCGCCGUUCCGUGCCAACGGCCAGUCCAAGUCGGGCGGAAUUGCCAUGGUCGGUGACGGUAUCAACGACUCUCCAGCGCUCGCUUCUGCUGAUCUGGGCAUUGCGCUUGGCACCGGGUCUGACGUUGCAAUCGAGGCUGCGUCGAUCGUACUGAUGCGAUCGAACCUCCUUGACGUGGCCGCAUCGAUUCAUCUCUCGCGCCGCAUCUUCCGCCAGAUCAAACUCAACUUUAUCUGGGCCACCGUGUACAACCUAAUUGGCAUUCCUCUGGCGAUGGGCAUCUUCUUGCCGUGGGGGUUGAGCUUGCACCCGAUGAUGGCAGGGGCGGCCAUGGCCUUUUCGAGCGUCAGCGUUGUUGCUAGCUCGCUGACGUUGAAAUGGUACAAGCGUCCUGCUGAGCUGGUUCCAGCGUCGCAGGAAGCAGACGCUGCCGAUUCGAUCCAGUUGCAGGCGAUGCUCGCUCGGUCUGAUGCUGGAGCAUUUGAUCGAGUCUUGGCGAAUCUCAAGGAUCUUGGCUACCAGGUGCUGGGCAAGUUGGAGUCGGUGCUAUCCAGCUCCAAUCUCAGGUUGGGCCGAGGUGUCGGACGCCGACCCCCUCAGACCGAGGGCUAUCAGCAAGUGGCUCUUGAAGACGCUUAA